UGGCAACUGUCAUGUAUUACGACAUGCAUAUUUCAGAAUUACUUGUAUCUUGUUUGACAAUCUUCGUCAUUUUUGACAUUUUAUUAACCAAUUGAAAAGAAAAAAAAAUUAAAUUGUUGAAUUAGAAAAUCCAGAAUUUUGUAAUUGUUGAUAUCCCAAGUCUCCAGGAAUUGUGUUGGCACCCCUGCCACUCAUCAAUACCCACAUAAACAAAAGUGUUUUUCUUUUAUCAGACUAAACUUCGAUUAAAUUAAGCAAAAUUGAGCCUCUAAUGAAUACGUCUUUAACUUUUGAGGUUUUGCUGUACUUGAACUCUUAUUAUUUCGGCCUAUUUGCCGUUUGUGAGAUAGGGAUGAAUGUGGUAAAGUACAUAAAUUUUCCCGAUUUGAAGCACUUUUCCACCGAUUUCGGUAUUCUGAUGGCCGUUUGUGUGAUUGAGCUGUUUCGAGUGAUUCUGGCAAGGAAAGGAAACUUGACAGAGAGGAAAUGGCCCGUUUUAGUCGCAAUUUUCCUAACAAUACCCUCACUUGCCGGAGUUUUGUAUUUUAUGAUUUGGCAAAGCCAUGCUUUGCGUUUUGAGUACAUUAUUUGUGGCAUACAAGUCGGCCUACAAUUCGUCGAAAUCGUUACAGGAAUCUUAUGUCUUCUCCCGUUCUGCAAAACCCCAGAGUAUUAUUAGCCUAAUAUUUUGUAAUAACAAAAUAAAAUAAAUAUUUGUCCAAAUCCGCGAUCAAUAAUUUGAAACUAGUAACAUUCCUAGCGUUGG